CAAGGUCUUCAUUUUAUGAUUUUUUUAAAUUCCGCACUUUCACAGUGGUAGCGAAAUAAACUAAUCCUAAAGUUAUUUUUCUAUUCAGAAGAGAGAAAAGGUGGAUUUUUUUUCCUUUUGAUUCCAACCUUUUCUCCAAGUGACAGCAUAAAUCAUGGACACUAGAGAAUAAGGUGUACCUCAGGAAUCCUGAAAAGACUGAGGAGCUUACAUUCUUCCUCAGGAGGGAGGAGUUGGGUAUUUUUGCCCUCUCUGGAACGUAAAACGAAAAACAUGAGUUGCGUGCCAUGGAAAGGAGACAAGACCAAAUCUGAAUCAUUGGAGCUGCCCCAGACAGCACCCCCACAAAUCUACCAUGAGAAACAGCGCAGAGAGCUUUGUGCUCUUCAUGCCCUCAAUAACGUCUUCCAGGACAGCAAUGCCUUCACCCGGGAAACGCUGCAAGAGAUUUUCCAAAGGUUGUCUCCAAACACCAUGGUGACACCCCACAAGAAGAGCAUGCUGGGAAAUGGGAACUAUGAUGUGAAUGUCAUCAUGGCAGCACUUCAAACCAAAGGCUAUGAAGCUGUUUGGUGGGACAAGCGCAGGGAUGUCAGUGUCAUUGCUCUCACUAACGUCAUGGGCUUCAUCAUGAAUCUGCCCUCCAGCCUAUGCUGGGGUCCACUGAAGUUGCCUCUCAAAAGGCAGCACUGGAUUUGUGUUCGAGAGGUGGGAGGGGCCUACUACAACCUCGACUCCAAACUCAAGAUGCCCGAGUGGAUUGGAGGCGAAAGUGAGCUCAGGAAAUUUCUAAAACAUCAUUUGCGAGGAAAGAACUGUGAACUCCUGCUGGUGGUACCAGAAGAGGUGGAGGCCCAUCAGAGUUGGAGGGCUGAUGUGUAACACAGUUCUGCCCAACCUUCCCCUCAGCUCACCCCUUCAGUGCUGUGGCCUCUACGGUGGGUCUGCCCUUGCCACUUCCCUAAACAUCUCAUCGGGUUUUCCCCCUUCUGACUGACAGUGCAGUAGAACAGAUAUGUGGACUGUUACAAGUACCACCCAGCGUUGUUUGUUCCUGGGAAAGGAAGGUAGGAGCCCUAUGCCCUUUGGGCAAGUGAUCGAAACCCUUAUUUUAUUUGGGAGAAAAGGAGAAAGAAAGAUGGUCCUAGCUUAUCUUCCCCUUUCUGUGAGGACUUGACAGAGGUUCUGCUGGAGUUAUCACUGAUGCUCCAGACUCACCUGGUGAUGCUGCCUCCACUUCCCCUCUCCUGUCACACCAGUGGGUCUGAAGACACAGUACAUGCAAAGCCAGUCUGACUGGCUUGAAGGACCCAGAACUUAGAGGUCUCUCAGGAAACCAUCUCCAAAACCCUAGCAGUGGUACAACAUGUUGUCUCCAAUGCUUAAUGCCACUCCUUAGCCCCAUUUUUACGGGUGGUUUAUGGCCAGCCUUGGAGUUUUAUAAUGAAAAGUUCUCUAAUAUUUCAAGCUGAGUUUUUCAAUCCCACAACAUUCUAGCGUGACAGGAGUGAGAUAGAUACCUAAGACGAUGUGGCUAAAGCCAGACUGGGACAGGCAUGGGGUGGCUUCUUUUCUUUACUCCAGUUUUGUCCCUUCCAUUUCACUACAUUGAUUUAGGAGGCUCUGGGGCAAAAGACAAGGCGAGAGGCAGUUUUCCCACUUGACCCACUCUGGCAGAACCAGAAAAAAAUAAGCCUUCUUUUAACAUCAAAUUCCACUAGUUUGGGACAGAGUUGGGUGAGGAAAGUACAAGCUUCUCAGAGUUUAAGAGCUGUUAGAAUUGGUAGAAGUUCUAGGCUUGGAGACUGUCACUGUAGUGACAAGAUGCAGAGCCCUCAAGUGGGUGGCUAUGUAUAUUAUGUUACAAUAUCUGGAUUCAUCAUCAUGUAGUUUCCUUUACAAAUCGACUAGGAUCAACCCACCCCUUACCUCUUGAAGCAGUUGUAGGCCACUUUUCUCCUGUAACUUUGGAAAACAAAAGAGAAGGGGAAACAAGUAUACCACGCGUGUUACCAAAGUGGUAGUGGUUGCCUCAAGGCAGGUGGGCCAGCAAGGGUGACUCAGCUAGCCCUUACAGAUCAAUGGUCUUGGCAGGUCUGAGAGCUGCCCCAACUGGCCAGACUUCUCUCCAGCAGCAAAGCCAGCCUGGGGCUUGCAUGUUGACCCUGAGCAAGCUUAAGGGGGUGAAGCUGAGGCUUUCUCCCCACUGUGACUGGAGUGCAUGUUUACACCAGCACCUUUUCUGCACAUAUAUCUUCAAUCCAACAAGGCCAUUUUUUAUGCUGAGUAACAGCGGCCACAAAGUGGCUACUGCAUUAUGCCCUCUCGGCAACUGGCCGCAGUCUCUUCUGCACCAUUUUCUAUACCAGACCUGCUUAGCACCACAGGGAGCUCUUUACCCCUGCCCGAUGACAUUCCAACCACCACCAGCCAGAAGUUACAGCCAACCUUGCUGAUUGUCACAAGCAGGACCUUGGGUCCAUUGGCACUGUCAGUGAUAGUAAGCCAUUUCCUGGGAAGAGGAGGAAACUCCUCUCCACAAAUCUGCUUGGGCCUGUGCAAAUGGCACUUCAAAGGAGUCCCCGUGCACUUGGAGUCCAUGAGCCAGUUGGAUAUGCAAAGAUGUUUAAACAUUUCAGGGCUGGUUUCUCUGUUCAUAUCCAAUUCUGGUGCUCAGGAACAGGGACCCAUGCUGAUGCCCAAGGGCAAAAAGCCUCAGUUCCUUUAAGGAAGGGAGCAGGCCGGACCCUGAUGCCCAAUAAGGGGCAACCCUAGGCUUUUUGUUUUUCUUGCUUUUAUUCCCCCUCUUUUUGUUGGCCUUGUGCUGGGUUUGUUUACAAAAGAUGUAUUUUGUUUAGCCAAAUAUUAAAAAUGAAAAACUCCAUACAUAAAUCUUCUUGUCUGCCUGAAUUCUAUAAUUAUGUAAAGGAAGAAAAAUAAACUUUAGUAUGAUGCUGCUUUAAAAA